AUGAUUUCUUCGUUUAAAAUGGAGAUAGAAGAGAAAAUUAAAUUUCGAUAUUUCUUGUUGGAACAAAAGCAACAGCUUGAUGCUCAACAUGUAGAAGAAGAGAAGCUCAGAGCGAAUCGUUUGAAUGAGGAUCUUAAACUUUUGGAGACAUCUAUUGCUCAGCUAAGGCAGUUGCUCCGGGAACAUCAUAAUAAUGGCUGUACUAUAUCUGCCAAAGUGAUCUCAACAUGAUUUUAGUUAGUAUUAUGUCGUUUGCUAGUUUUGGUUUGUAGUUUCCUCAUAAGUUUCACCGUAGAGGUCAUUUUCUUUACUCGAGAUGGAGAUUUAUUUGUGUUGAAUGAUUUCAGAUAUUUCCAAAUCAUUCCAAUAAUUGCGGGCAGCUUUGAAUGUUUCAUAACUAAUUACUGUAUUCCUCGUAUUCACAGAUUGUGAGGCUGCGGAGAGAUAUC